AUGUCCACUCAGGUCACAGAAGGUCAGACCUUCACUAUCAGAUGCACUGUGAACAGUUUUCCACCCUCAACUCUCACCUUGAUCAGAGAGAUUCAGUCGAGUUCAGUGAAUGUGUUCUCCAACUCCAACAAGAAUGGGGUCCACAACAAUGACCUCGUCUACACCACUAAAGCUGCUGUGCACCACGCAGGGAGCUACAAGUGCAUCGCCUCAAACUCUGAAGGAAGCAGGACAAACGGACCCAGGAACACAAGAGUUCAAGUCCCCUCUGGUCUAAAUGGAAGAGUCAGCGCUGGAAAAGAGCUCAGAUUAACGUGUGCCACUGAGGCCUCUCCUGCAGCUCCUUACUUCGCCUGGUUCCAUGGCCCCUCCAGACACACUCCACUCUCCAAGUACCAGUCCAAAUACUGGGGCAGCACCAUGACCAUUGAGACAGUGCAGAGAUCUGAUGAAGGUUGUUACGUGUGCAGUGCCACCAACAGCAUCGGCACAGAUUAUAGUGCACCACAGUGCUUCCAAGUACAGUAUGCUCCAACCAACAUCAUAUUGUCCAUGUACACUCAGGUCACAGAAGGUCAGACCUUCAUCAUCAACUGCACUGUGGACAGUUUUCCACCCUCAACUCUCACCUUGAUCAGAGAGAUUCAGUCGAGUUCAGUGAAUGUGUUCUCCAACUCCAACAAGAAUGGGGUCCACAACAAUGUCCUCGUCUACACCACUAAAGCUGCUGUGCACCACGCAGGGAGCUACAAGUGCAUCGCCUCAAACUCUGAAGGAAGCAGGACAAGUGAGCGGAGAAAAUUGGUGGUUAAAUAUGCUCCAAAAGAAACGAAGGUCCUGAAGGCUGAAGAGCUGCAGUUGCCAGACAAGAGGAGCUCAGUGAUGCUGACAUGCAGCUCCAGCAGCUACCCACCAAUCCACCGAUACUCCUGGUACAGGAAGUCGACGGAUGACAGAGGAGAUGACAAAGUGUCCGAUCAGCAGAACCACAGUGUGACCUCUGACAAGCCUGGGAUCUACUACUGCUCUGCCCUGAAUCAGUUAGGUGAAAGAAGAUCCGAUCCAGUGGAGCUGUUUGUAGAAGGAGCCUCUCUCAAAGUCCUGAAGUAUGUCUUCAUUUCUGCUUCACUUCUGCUCAUUCCAUUGGCGGCUGGUCUCAUCUUCAUCAAGUGCAAGAGGAGGAUCAAACACAGAGCUAACCCAAGUGCUGAAAGACCACUGGAGGUGCAAGCUGUGCCCCCAGAGGAAGCAUCUGUGGUCUAUACCAAUGUGCAUUAUACCAAAAGCAGCAAGCCAGGACAAGAUGUUGUGUACGCGGCUAAUAAACCAAGCCGUGAAGAGGGAGAGGAGGAGGUAAACUAUUCCCAUGUGGAGUUCAAACACCACAGAGUGAUGCGCAAGAUCGGGAAAUCAAGUCGCUGUGAGGAUGAAAACACUGAAUACUCCACGAUUAAAUUCUGAGAACAAAAACAAGGAAUUGUUGGUUUAAAUCCAAUGUGAAGUGAUGCACCGUUCGGCUGGUAUAUAACAGAUGCUGCAUACUUUUAUAUGCUAUGAAAACUGUAUUUUAAUAACAAGCAAAACAGAAUCAGAUUGUACAUAAACUUCAUCUGUACGUCAUGCCUGUUUUAU